AUGGACCCCAUAUCGAUUGCUGCGACUGCAGCGUCACUAGCAGGAGCUGCUGGAAGUACUGCUAUUGUGUUGAUUCGACUGGCCAAAAAGGUCAAGAAUGUGGACAUCAAACUAUCAGAGACUUGCGAAGAGGUCCAAAAGCUGUCUGGACUCCUUGUGUCCGUGGACAAGACAGUGAGGCAGUGUCAGACACACGUACCGUCACUUUCUUACUUUUAUCACAACAUAUGGGGACAGAUUGGAGACACCUUAGCAGACUGCAAGUCCAACAUCGCUGGUCUCGAUCAGCUCCUCCGAAAACUCAGCGUACAUUUCGACGCGGAGGGCAAUUCGCUUGCAACACUUCUCAGAAAAACAAACCUUUAUUUCAUCCUGAGUAUCCACAAGGAAGAGAUUCAAGACUACAAGGUCAAGAUCUUCAAUUCAAACUGGGCUAUUCAGAUGACUUUGCAGUUGGUAACCAUUGCUCUCAGCUUCAGAACCAAUAUUUCUCAAGAGAGGUUAUUCCAGGAGCUUAACAAGCUAGAGGGCAUGAUCAAAAAUUCCCUUCGAAAGGCACACCAAGAACUACCCGGGUCCGAGGCGGAAAAGAACAUGGGGAUCGCAGCUCGCAACGUUCCUUACAUCUACUUCGACAUGUUCGACGAGGAGAUCGAUGAACGGAAGCAUCCUUACGAGACAACUGACCAUCAUGGAGGCGUGCAAGCCAGCGGGAGACCAGACCAAGACGAAACUCUAUCAUCUAGGAUUGCAGAGGAUAACUACGUCCUUUGGGUCAUUGAGCCUCCCACCCCGGCCAGAGUCCCCGAAGAAGCAUGCUGCCAGCCGUUUUUUUGA